AUAUGAUAUUAAUACGAGCAUCUGUUUGACAAGUGAAAAAAGUUUUACACAAACUGUAUAUACCUAGUGUACAGGCACGUGAAAACAUAUUUGGAGUCGUUACGUCUAUUUGAACUUUAGUUUUAGUAGAUAGACUAAAAUCAUUUUUUCCUUUGACCAAGUUUUUGACCAUGCCUCCUCAAUCAAUGAUGGACCAUAAUACGAAUUUGUUACCGGAGCCUGACGAAUGUGGCCAGACGAAAAUUAAAUGUGUUUUAGUAGGAGACGGAGCCGUAGGCAAAACUAGCCUUGUGGUCAGUUAUACGACCAACGGAUACCCUACAGAAUACACCCCCACAGCAUUCGACAAUUAUGCAGUUGUUGUGACAGUAGACGGAUCCCCAGUUCGACUGCAGCUUUGUGAUACCGCUGGCCAGGAUGAUUUUGAUUCAUUGCGGCCGCUCUGCUACCCAAACACCGACGUCUUCCUCCUGUGUUUUAGUGUUGUCACACCAACUUCAUUUCACAACAUUUCUGAAAAGUGGGUUCCAGAAGUGAGAAAACAUUGUCCAAAGGCACCAAUUAUUCUGGUGGGGACACAGUGUGACCUUCGCAAUGAUGUCAAAGUUCUGAUCGAGCUUGCCCAUUACAAAGAACAACCAAUCCCAGAAUCGGAAGCACAGGCACUUGCUGAGCGUAUCGGGGCAAGUUAUAUUGAGUGUUCAUCACUUACACAGAGAAACCUCAAGGAAGUCUUUGACACAGCAUUACUGUCUGCCCUUAAACUAACAGGGCCUCUUAAAAGGACAAAAAGUUCACGGAGGUCGAAAAAGGGCAAAAAGCAACAUGAACAAUCGCCACCACCAAUGGUGUCGGGCAAGCCUUGUGCCAAAAGGACAGGAUGGAAACGAUUCUGUUGUUUUAUGUAAAGUAGUUUUGGAUUGCAUGGAAAGCAGAAUUCAAUUGUCAUUCAAGGAUUUGUUGAAAAUGAAAUAAUGUGCACAGAUUUGCAACAGACACAUGAUGUUCAAUCCUGCAAUAUUGCAAUACAGACUUUGGCUAAUCAAAUUGUGUGACACAUGAUAGAUUCACCAGACUGCCGCUACAGGUGAUUUGUGUAUCGGUCAUUUAGAAGUAAUGAAUGUAUACACACCUACAGAGAUUGUGAUGAGUCUCUGUCUGUCAGUGCAGGCCGCAGUUUGCAUGAUAGCACUGACGAACUGUCAACUGUCGUUGACUCACAAAACAGAAGACAGAUGAAGUCGCUUUUUUAGGCAGGUUGAUUGUGUACGAUCAUAAAUUAAUUUAUCAUUGAGAGAGAGCGAAAGAGAGAACACAUGCUCAUACAAAUUUGCAUGUUUUAACAAGGAGUGUGUGAGUCAUGCAAUGUUGAUGUCUGCUACAGUGAUAGAGGAUGAUUUUACUGAAAUUAAACAGGAGAAUCUUUUGUCACAAAUGAAGGGUGUUGCACAUCCAUUGUGGUGUGCUAAUGUAUUGGGCUCAAGUGAUAUUUUUUGGGCUGUGUGUUUUACAGAUCAAAUUAUGCCAUUGUUGUGAGUUAUGCAUCCAUCUUAAUUGUUUCCAUGUAGAUUAUAGAUAAUUCUGGCAUCACAAAAGAAACAAUUAUGUAGCGCUUUUCAAAUACUUGUGACAUAUUUACUACCCUGCUACCUUUCUUGUUUUAGGAAAUCAGUUAAUGGUGUAGAAGAAAAAUCUUUUCAAAAUUAGAAAAAAAGGAAAAAGAGAUUUGAUUAUUGAUAAUGUUGUUCAACCUUUAGGGUCAUUUGGCAUGGGAAAUGCGUGUGAAAAUGUAUGGUAUGCAGUUUCAUUAUAACAAUUGUCAUAAUACAGACUUGUAUUUUUGGAGUCCUAGUGUCUAGAAUAGAAUACCUUUUAACAAGCGGGUAAUCUAAAGGAGCUUUGUUUCUACCUAACUUGCCUAUUAGAUCUAGGUAUUCUAAUAUGACUUGUGGCAGUGUUUUUAUCGGACUCUUAUCAAAUUUUUGAUGUUCGUUUUAACUUCUCGGACUAUUUUAUGCUAUCAGGACGACUGAUAUGGAUCUUAACAUUGUCACAUACCCUAUUCCCUCACAUGAAAGCCUGAUACAGGUAUGAUCACCAUUAUCACAGAACCAUAUUUCCUUAUCCUGUCAGUGUGGCUUUGUCUUGGCAAGUGUUGGUACUUUGCCCAAUCCUUGGUCCAUUUGAUGAACAGGUUCUCAUGACAAGCGUGACAAGUCUUGAAUUAAUUAACAAAGGUGUUGAAAACCUGAACAAGGUGUACUACUUAAGAGAAUAAUUAUGAUUUUUUUUUUGACAAAGAAAGGUCUAGAUAAUUAGUAGAAUAUUGACAUGCCACUAUGAUAGCAAUUAUAAGGCAUGGUACUGAAUUUUUUACAUCGUUCUGGAUCGCGACCUCGAACAUAUUUUACUGAAUCAUUCCUCAUACCACACAAACCACCUCCAAUCAGAUUACAAUAAAUCUGGCUUGUCAAGUCUUUGCAUAAUAUACGCCAGGCAAAUUGAAUAUAGUUCUCUCAGUAACAGCAGUUUAAGGACUUAUACAAUUUCUUAUUUUUCAUUUUGAACAAAACUGGUGUUGAUGGAUAGAUUUGUAUUAAUAGUCGUUUUUGUCCCUCAAUUUGAUUUGGCCUGACCAGAUUAUCUCCAUAUCUUCUCAUGUCUCUGUAUCAUGCUCUCAGCUUUUUCCAUAUUCCCCUCAAUCCUACAGUGAUGGGAAUGAAGGGUAAAAAACAUGAUAUUCCCCACCCAUUCCCUUUGACUGUCCCCACCCCACCUCCCUUCCAUCCUAACUUUACCUAGUCAAUUUCCACCGCGGACAUCUGUCACCACGAAAGUGAUUCUUAUCCACGACUUCUUUCCUCUCCCUGGAAUUAGACAAGUAUCUUUAUUUAACAUUUUUAAUUAAUAAUUGUAAUUAAAUGGUGCUGCUACUGUAUAACUAACUAUUCCUUUUUUAAGAUAUUUUAUUUGAACCACAAAACUUGACGAAGGUUCUCUAUAGAACUUGGUAGCCUACUUUUACUGUCACAAACAUGUCAAUUUCAUAUAAGGGAACAAGAUAAUUCAGCAAGUAUGUCAUAGUUACAGUUAAGCAUAAUGUAAUAUUUUUGGUCAGACAAUCAAAUCGACUUAUCAUAAAACUUGUACCAUAAUUAUUCCGAAACACCUUAUUUGUAACUGCAGAAGACUUGAUCAGGAGAAAUGUGCAAUUUAGAAAUGUGUUGGUUCUUGCAAUAUGUUUUUUUUCUUCAUUCGAACAAAAAGAAACAAAAACAAACGAGUUUGGACAAUCAUAUUGUUAAAACAUAAUUGUCCUUGUAUAUGUUAUCUCACUGGUACAAGUUAUACCUGUUUGACAAUUGCACAGGUAGAUUUCAUGAUAAGCAGAUUAGAUGGAGCUGACCUUUACAUUGAUUCUGUGUUAUGUAUGUGUAUAUAUAUGUGUGUGUGUGUGUGUGUGUGCGCGCGCAUGUGUGGAAAUGAGAUGCUCACCUGUUUCUUGAAGCAUCAACUGUUAUUAAGCUCUCACGUCUUUCAUUCAUGUUCGUAUGUAGAUUGGUUGUCCUGCAGGCAUAUCUGGAACUAGUCCCAUCGAAUUGCUUGCGUAUGUCAAGGUCAAGGCCAAAUGUUUUGCUUGAAAGGUCAAGGCCACAUCUUUCGCUUGAGCUCAGCAAUAAUACCUUUUUUUAAACAAUAUUCCUGUUUGUUUUUUGUCAAUUGUCUAUUAAAAUAUUACCUGAUUUAUGCAUUUUAUUAAAAUUAUUUUAAUGAAUUUCAAAGAGAAUAAAAAAAAUCAUUGUUAAUAUUAAAAAAUUAUCGACAUUAGAAAUUAUUUUAAAAAUUGGAUGUUUUACAGCAUUGGUAAUUAUGGGAUUGUAUUUCCUAAGCCUUAGACAUAUUGUCAAAGAUAAUCAGCUAAUGAAGAUGAGUUCUUGUCAGUUUCUCAAGCAAUGUAAGUAUUUUGUAAACAUAUCUGUAGUGAAAAAAGCUUGCCGGAAAAUUCACCACAAAAAUCUACACUAUAAAACUUACAAAAUGAGAUUUUUUAUUAUGAAUAAUUACUGAUAUGACAUGUAUAUUUAUAUAUUUUGUACAAGAAAAAGUGCCUUUUAAUGAGUAGAAGUUUUGACGUUGACGAACUGUUGCCCUUUAUUGGAGCCUGCUUGCUUAUCUAAAUGUAUGAAAGAAGUCUACCUACAUAUAGAUAUGGUCUUGUGUUCAGGAAUUUGGGUUAGGUUGGAAAAUAGAAAUAUUUCCCAUUGAAAUGGGUAAACAGUUUAAAUUCUCUGGAUUUGUAUGAAAAUGGAAACAAAAUAAUGACCGAUUUGACAUUUAGGUGUUGAGGUGUCAAAACAUUAUUAUUCUCCGAUCGUUUUCACAACAAAUACAGUCUACUUAAAAUCGGCUACAAGACAAAGAGAUUGUGAAAUUAACGCAUUACAUAGGGUCAUGUUCGUAUCGAGAGAGAUAAAACGAAGGUUUGUAUUACAGUGAUGUGUCGCCCUAUUGAAGGGAGCCACGAGGGUAAUAAGAUCACCAUUGUUGGGCUGUUAUGUUUAUAGGUUGGUGGAGAAUGCAAUGUUUAUCAGAUUAAGCCACGAAAACAUUUACGAAAUGCUUCUGUUCUCUGCCAAAUUUACCCACAAAUGUACAUGAUUUUAUGUCCAGUGUCGUCUGCCAGCAAAUAUUACGCGAUUAAUGGCUUAACUGUGCCGAAAUCCAAAACUUUUAUUCAAAUUCCUAAUCACGGACCACAAGUGUACGUAGUCCUAGGGACAUUGUAACGUCAUUUGUUAAGACUGCUGUCAGCAAAAACAGCGAACGUUCACCACCAAUUACGUCAUGUGCACGUCAGAGGUUUUGACCUACAGACAGUUUGUCGAGCGUCUCAAUUUUUAUUGAUUUAUUGCCUGUUGAAUAAAGAUUUCUAAAAGAAA